AUGUCAGAAUUGAAGACAUUUGUCAAUGACCCUCUCUUCACCCCUGAGAAUGUAGCACAAGCCAGUCUGGCCGCCUCGUCAGUGUGUGCCUGGGUUCAUGCUUUGUACGCUUACAGCAGCAUUCAUCAGAAGAUGAAGCCUCAUAUGAAAAGUCUGGUUGAUGCAGAAAAUAAAUUAGCUAAAGCCCAAGCCCAACUUGGACAGCUGCGAUUAGAGGCCAGUCAAAUGAAGAACAACCUGGAGCAGUACAUCAGUCAACACAAAGAGGCUGUUAAGGCUGCCAAGGCCAUUGAAAAGCAGAUACUGGCCAUUGAACGCAAGAUUGCUCGGGCCAGUAACCUCAUGGAGAACAUGUCAGUACAGCAUUUCCUCUGGCGCUCAGAGCUGAAGAGAACUCGAAAGAAAAUCAUCUCUGCCCCUGGGGAUGCUCUGAUUACUUCAGCUUCAUUGAUAUACCAUGGUCCCCUGGAUGAUAGAUCAAGAAAAGACCUCAUGAGUGACUGGCUAAAUCGCAUUAAACAAAAUGCUUUCAGUUCUCAAGGAUUCAUGGGAACUGACCUUUGGUCAGAGACUGCCAGCUUUCCUCGGCUUAUUAAGCCAGAUUUGCAGCAGAACUGUGCUAGUAAGACUAGCUCAGAUUUUCAUGCUCAUAUGUUAUCUCAUUCUGAGGUAAACUGUCAAGUGCCUCUGCAACAAAAGGUGAAGACUUUCAAAUACAAGUCUGCUCUUUAUGAAAGUAAAAGUUACUAUAAAUCUGAGCUGAAAAGGCAGGAUACAGUGCAGACUGCAGUACCAGAAGACCUUGCAGAUGAUUCAGAUGAAGAUGAGAACUGUUUGCUGCCCACACGUCCAAAUCUUGCCCUCCAGGAAAUAUUGUCAGAUUUUGAUGAACUCAGUGAAUGGCGCAAGCAAAAUCUACCCACUGAUUUACACUCUGUUCAUAAUGCCCUGAUUAUGCGAGUUUGUUGUCACAAUCGUAAGCACAGUUGGCCUUUGCUGAUUGAUCCAGACAAUCAAGCAGAAAUGUGGGUUCGAAUUUUACAGAACAAUCAAAAUUUCUUUACAGAGAGAGAUGUAGCAAGUUUUCUUACUGAUGAUGACAUCCCAGUAGAGAGAAGCAGUUAUCAGGAAAGUGAAGAAAUCCUUGGUUCACCUCUCUAUAGCAGGGGCACAUCGAAAAUAUUUUCUGAUACUACUGACAACACCGCUACAAACACCUCUACAGUGGGAGUUAUUAACAGACAAGUAUCACAGUCCUGCUGUUCAACUGGUGACACUGGAAACCAAACUGUAACUCAAGUGUCCAGUGCAUUCAACAGCUUCACUGCUGAUUCAGAUCUAGAUUUCUCUAAAGACAGUGUUUGGGUUUUAAUGACUGAUGAUCCAAACUUCAACUCUAAAUUAAUCAGUGCCGUAGUCCAUGGGGCUACAGUAUUGGUGACCCACUUGGAACGAAAACCACUUGACCAGUUAUUCAGCGACCUGCUGCUAAAACAGUUUUCUAUGGACAGAGAUGGUAACAAGAUUGUCAAAAUUGGUGGCAUGGCCUUCACUUUCCACCCAAGUUUUUGCCUCUAUCUCAGUAUCUCUGUGCCUCUUUUUGUAAAGGGUGAUGGAAUAUUCACAAUUCCCCUGAAUCAUCUCUGUGUGAUUAACAUGGCCAUGAGUGAUGAAGCCAUUAUCAACAGACUUAUGCUUGAAACAAUGAAAGUUGAAAAGAAAGAGUUUGAGAGCCAGAGGAGAUCAAAUGAAAAUGACAUCAUACUUCAUCGUCAACAGCUGGCAAAGGAAUAUGAGAUUAUCCGAGAGAAAACUCUAAACUUCCCAGGUCCUCUCCUGGACGAUAAAACCAUGCUCAAUUCCCUUAUGGCAUUUUUGGAAGAAACACUUUACAUGGGGGAUCAUCUCGAAGGCAAAUUUUCCCAUUACAUGCCAUUCAUAAGGCAUUCUGCAAUGUUGUACUGUGUGAUGAACAAGAUGUCAGCUCUCCAUCCUGACUAUUACCUGGCACUGUACAAGUUUGUGGAAAUAUUUUCUGCAGCCAUAAGGAGCAGAGAUAGAGGCAAAGAAAGCAUUGGAGCUCCUGAGGUACGGGCACAAGAACUAUCAGAUGCAGUUCUUGAGGCAGUCUUCAGGUAUGUGAGGCUGCUGAUGUUUGAAGGUCACUAUUGUUUGCUGGCCUUGCUUGUGUCCCUGGAGAGAUUGUUGAGGCAACAUAAAGCAAGCAGCAAGGAACUUGGUCUUUUUGUGAAUGGGUUCAUGAAGAAUGGAUCCCAAGAUGCUAGUCUUCUGAAGCAGAAACCUCAAUGGAUGGACACUGAAGCAUGGCAAAACUGCAAGCUUUUAGAGUCCUUCCAGCAACCUUUUGAUGGCCUUUGUGACUCCCUGGUUAAGAAUUGUCAGCAGUGGGAGGAGUAUUUCCAGAAUCUUGUGAGCCUUGUUAGCCCAGUUCCUGGACCAACUCUUCAGGAGUUAUCUCUCUUCCAGAAGUGUUUGCUGUGGAAAAUGGUCUAUCCGCAGAAGAGGAUGGCUGAGUUAUCUCAAGCUCUCAUUUUAUGUGAGCUGGGAAGUGCUGUGAAACCACCAGAAAACUACGAUAUCAAUGAAGUAUACAAACUUACUGACAAACACACGCCUACGUGUUUUAUCUUACCGUCUUGUCAAAAGAGAAAAGUAACGGAUGCCACCACAGGCUACCCUUUCACAUGCCCUAUCACUGAAGUUAAACAACUGGCCAGGAAGAUGGGCAUGGAGGGUAAAGUUCGCAUCAUGAACUUUGCAGUUACCUCUCAGAAUUUGGAGGUGAAAAAUGCUUUAAAAGAUUGCCUACAUAAAGGUCACUGGCUUCUGCUGCAUAACUAUCAUCUGUGUCAGGAGCCAGACCCUGAAUUCUUCACUAUUCUCAAGGAUAUAAUAUAUGCUCAGUGGCAUGAGGAGGACCAGACUAAAGACACAACAGAUGUAUAUGGUGAGGACUGGAGUCUUGUCACAAGGUCCCGUCCAUCUUCUAGUGUGAGAACUAAUGAUAUUCAUCAGUCAUUCAGACUUUGGAUCACCACUAGAGCUAACGAAGAGAGAGCUUUACCAGGUUUAAUUAUUCAGCAUGGCCUAAGAGUGACAUGUGAGACAACAGCAAACUUUAAAAGUCUUCUAAAAAAGACUUACAAGUCUGCUGAAAAUUUCCUAUGCUCAACCAGUAGAAACAGUGAAGAGAUGAUGCACAGCUUCAACAGAGUGAUGCCACUUGCCCUUCUACAUGCCAUAGUCCAACAACAGUCCUAUUAUCGCUGUCAUGCUUUUGUCCACCAUCCUUUCUGGACUCUGACAGAUCUGGCUGCAGUGACAGAUACAUGCUACAGUCUCUCUGCUCUGACAACCGACAACAAUGCUAUAGCUGAUAUAGCAGCAUGUGUCUAUGUAGCACAUUGCCAGGAUAUGUCAGACAGCAAUCCAGUGAAUGCAGUUAUUAAAGAAUUGAUCCACUAUUCCACACUUGCUAAGAAGGUUUCAUUCGAUGAGAUCAAAGGGGUUGGACUGUUGUUGCACAAACUGGUUACAAGCUUCAAAGAAACAGGGGAUUUACAAAAAACUCUGGACUCCAUUGAGCCAGUCACUGCUGAGACUAUUUGUUUACCUGAAGAAAUUCAUGAACAUUUUCAGGCAUGUAAAAGCAGUAUUUUACUGAAAGAGUUGAUUCAAACCGUGGGUGAGCCAGAGUUCUUACUGUCGACUCAGAAACUCAGUGGGGAUCCUGCUUUCUGCCAGGCCAUGAGUGUCAUCUCAUCUAUGCAAGACAUUCUUUCUGCCUGCCCAGAACUUCCAGAAACCUCCUUGACUCAAAUUGUGCCUCUGUAUUCUUUCUUCAGUCAAGAAGUUGCUGCUUUUAAGGAAUUGCUUCAAAGCGUGCAAAAUGACCUUCACGUCUUAAACAAAGCUGCAAAUGGACUCAUUACUCUGACACCCAAAAUGCAAUUUAUGUUACAAGAUAUCUGCAAUGAUGAUAUACCUGCUACAUGGCUUCAGACAACAUUUGCCACUUGCUCAAGCUUGAAGUCAUGGAUUUUAGAAUUACCAACAAGAAUAAGUUAUGUGAAAAAUUGUUGGGUCCAGUGUCCGGUCAUUCUGUCACUCAACAUGUUCCUUAGACCUGACAAAUUAUUAUGGGCCAUUCUGAAGACAUUUGCUCAGCAAGACUUCAAGGAAAUUACUGACAUCUUCCUAGACUUUCAGGUGAUGCCUCAAGGACUGUCUCCCAUCUCACCACCAGACAGAGGAGUCUAUCUUGAUGGUCUUCAGCUAAAGAAUGCCUCUUGGGACAGCAUCAAAUCUGUUCUCUCAGAAAAUACAUUGUGUUCACACAAAGAGCACUUAUUUCCUGUCCUAUGGGCUAAACCCUGUCGUUACCUGUGCCCGGCCUACAGUGCCAGAGACUCACAACUACACAACGAUCAAAACAUUUUUUGGACGAUACCUUUAGCCAGUCUAAAAUCUCCAACAUUCUGGUCCCAAAAGAGAGUGGCUUUUACUUUAAGUGCGGUGAAGCCAUAA